AUGGGCAAGGAGCAUCUUGCUUACGAAACACUUCCAGUGGCGGAACACACAUGUCUGGAGGAAGUGGCUACGCUGCCAUAUUUUGGCAUGGAGAUGUUCGUUUCCUUAUCAGCGAACCUCCAAAUCACUUCGAGGUGCUCCCAAGGCUUCCCUCAAGACACUUGGGAAAAGCGCAUUAAGAGGCAUGUUGUUGCUAUGACUCUAGUCCGGGUGCUGUUGUGGGGCCGCUGUCAGUGCUCCACGCCUACUGCUACUGUUGUUACAGCGGUUCUUACAGCGGUUGUUACAGUGGCGCUGCCCUGGCUGUGGCGACGACUGUGGCUGCACGCCAACUCUGCGGAGAUUUUCAGAAACUGCUUGGCCUGGAAGCGCCAGAAGGAAGUGGUUGUCGACGACUGUGCAAUUGGCCUCAAGAAGGAGCCAUUGAAAGCCUUACCGGACCUGGACCCCGAUUAUGAGGAGAGCGAGAUUUCUCAACGGACUAGAGAAGUCGAAGCUCAAGACGACGAGAAGCACGAAGAUUUGGAGGACGACCAAGAGCAACCAGAACCCGGGCCGCUAGUCGAUGGGCCUGUUGAGAAUACUGAACCUGAGUCUACGACCGGUUCCGAAGCUGAGAUCCCCAAAUCUCUCGACAGCCAAUCUGCCAAGACAGAAAACCCUGACGAGGAUCGAAGACACAUAGCAGAAGAGCGGGACAGCCAGCGGCAGAUAUGCGAAGAGAAACACCCGUUCGAGGACGACCGCCGCAAGGACAUGUACAAGUCCAUCAAAGACGCCGCCACCGCCAAGAGCACGUCACUUACCAUGACGGAGACGGAAGCUAUUCUAAAGCAGAAUCAGUUUGGUGACCGACGGAAAGGCAUGAGUGAGAACGAACAAGACUGCGUCUUCGAUCCUAACGCACCUCUAGGAUCGAGCCAGACCGUCACCUACACCAGCCGGUUCAUAGACCGACUGAGCGACAUCACAGACGACAUGUGGAUUCCUGGCGCUCUUUCCAUCAAAGCUGCCAAGAUUGGCGAAAGAGUCGGAUUUGACCUUGAUAAUUGCGUCCAGGUUGCCAACCUGACCAUCGACUUCAAGGAUGGACUCGAGUACAAGCUCAUGAAUUGCACCGACAAGGGCAAAUUUGCCAAGGCCUACGGUGACUGCUUCAACUCGGGGUUCUUGAAGGGUGGUAAGGCCAACGCGGCCAUCAGCAUGAAGAUCCUCAAUAAGGCCAAGAAGACGGAUAUCCAGGCUGAGGCAAAGGUAGCUUUCACCGCUGGAUCAAUGAGUGUCGAAGCUAAAGCCAACGCCGGUAGUGGGCGGGAGAACAUUGAGUCCAACACAGAGAUUGCAUUCCAGGCAAGCUGGCGGUGGCGCGAUGCCCAAACCUCUUCGCAGACUGUCCCCGAAGAACCCAUAACCCUAAUCAAGUACGGUAACCUGUGGAGCUUUGUUACAAGACAGCCGAAGGCUUAUUCGAGGCUCCAAUACGAGAGUGCGCAGAUCGUUCAACAAUGCUUUCGAACUUGCGAUCUGAUCUAA